AUGGGCCGUCAAUGUCGCAACCCCUAUAUCCAGUCACCCAGUGGAAGUGACUACCCUGGAACAGACAGUGACGCUGAUAGCGAAUCUGAAACAGAUAUUACCGAGCCCGAGGACAAUGCAGCUCAGCCAGAGCACGCUAAUGAUGCUGCCUUACUUUUCGCAGACAACGAGCACCCACCGGAGUACUACAUCAAGCAACUUAGUACCUUUGACGAGGAAAUUUACACACAGGAAGACUACGGGAAAGGCACCACGACCCUUCUCGACCGCGUUGAAGAAAAAUGGACCCAGUUCUGUUAUUUUAUUCGAAAGGAGCCCGACGAGGAAUACCAUCGUAUAUCGAUUCCGAUUCUAUAUAACUUCCUCGACUGGACCCUCAAUCUGCGACGCGGCAAGAACGGAAGAAGGCUUCCAGGUAUCAAGUGCAAAAGCUCCUUGGAUACGUUCUGGAAAGUCUUUCGACUAGUAUAUGAAAGGUCCACAUCAAAAAAAAUCGGGAAUCAAAUGAACCGUCAGAUGCGACGAGUGAUUCGAAGAUUAGCCAAAAAGUACAAAUUGGCGGAAAAAGGGAGGGAUAAGCCGCCUAUGGAUGUUCAGGAUCUGGCCAAGGUAGUGGAAACCGCCAUCAGCACAACUGAGAAAAAGUUCGGGCAUGGGCGCCACCGCAUAGAGCUUGGACUUUUCCUGCAACUUGCAGGUCUCACAACGAACCGACCACAGGCCAUUCUGAAUCUGCGAUACCGUCACAUCCAAGUCAGCCUCUUGCGCGAUCCACGAGGCGGUCCACAUCGCAUUGUGAUUGAAUUUACUUUCGAAUUCACCAAGGAAUGGUUGGGUGCUAAAGAUGCGAACACUUAUAUACUACCGGAAAUAAUCUUUGAUCCUUCUUUGGUUUUAAGCCCUCAUGUCUUCUUGUUAGGUCUUCUAUUUGCGGAUCGUGCGUUUGGCCGCGUUGACGGCGAAGAAGUACUUGUCUCCGCAAGUCAGCUUUCUCAAAUCCGAAUCCGUGAGGAGUGCAAUGAGCUAAAACUACAACUUGAUUCGGCGAUGGAUGAUGUACCGGUAUUCCGGAUGUCGGAAAGGACUUUGAACGGGAUUGGCAUUUCCCCCGCUAAACCCCUUCCUUACUCAACCUUGGAACCGUGGGUCAAGAAGAUAGGAGCGAUCACAGGUAUCCGGCAGGUGACACGUCCUUAUAGUUUGCGCUAUGGAGCAGGCACGGCUCUGGACAAUAGCGGCUCUGUCAGUGAUUCUAUGCGCAAUCUUGUCAUGCACCACGCCGAUACGAGGACCUUUUUGAAGUUUUACCUCAGCAGAAGGAUCUCGAAAAAUUUGCCUGCAAUAAUUCGUGGUCUUGAUCCAGAAGAUGAUAUCAUGCGUGCAGCCUGCCGAAUGAGUCGCACUAUCGAUCCAAAUCGCCCACGGAGGCUGACUACCAAGCAAUCUUUCUCUCUGAAUCAACUGCCUGUGAUUGUCGAGUUGAAACGCCAGCGCGACGAAAUCGUUCAAUCCGUUGACGGCCCCAUAUCAAAGCACAAAGGAACAAAGUACGAAAAGUACAGAAAAUUGAAGCAAGAACUGGCAGGAACCAAAAAGCGUGAACAUGAUCGACUUCUCGCGGAAGUGCAAGAAAAGUAUGAAAGAGAGCAACCUAUGCUGGAGAUCAAGCGUCAGCUGUCAGGGAUCGACCAAAAUGGUACCUCACCCAAGCCGCUGGAAUGCUCGAACGAUGUUCCUGUUCCGCAGCAACUCUUGAUCAAAAGCCUCCUUUCUUUGCCUCGCUCGACGAUAGAAGAGGAGAUGCUUCGAAGGACUGAAGCGAUUGAUGCAGUAGCUGCAUAUUCUCAGUUCCAGGAGGGAGACACGUGUCGCCGGCCACGAGAAAAACGACCACAAGAUUCCAGUGAAAAUGAGCGAAGCUGUGAAAAUGCCCAACCGGAAAACGAAAAGGCUGUCGUAAUCAAUCAGCAAGAAUGCCCCCUAGAGUUUGCUCUUCGAUCUGCGAUGAAAGAUCAUCGGCCAUUAUUUUGUUUCAUUUGCGUGGGUCAGCCAAACCUGGACAUUCCAAAGCGAACACAACAAUUUGCCUCCCACGGAGACGUCACAAAACAUAUUAGAGUUAAGCAUUUCAAGAAAAUCAUGUCGAGCGCCACGAUAGAAUGCAAAGUAUGUGGCGAGGAGUUCGCAGAAGUCAUGCAUCUUCAGCGACAUGCUUAUGACUUUCACUCCACUGUGACUGGGCCUCUUUGGCAUGGCAUCUCGUCUGAUGCACGAUAA